GCCCCGACGUGCCGCGCGACGACCCACAAUCCCCGCCGCGCACUGCUCUACCGCUGCCGCUCGUUACGCCGAGCCGCCCGCCUGCUGGACUCCGCGCUGGCGCCGGACCCCGCCGCCGGUGACAUGCUGCAGAAGCCGAGGAGCCGGGGCCGCCCUAGCGCCCAGGCCGAGAGGGUGAGGGAGGGGGGCCGCGGCGGAGACGGCCGGGCCCCGAGAGGCGGUGUUGCCGAGGAGGCCCCGAGCACCUCCCGCGGCCCGGGCGGCUCGCAGGAAGCCCGCUGCCCCUCGUCGCAGGGCGGCCGCCGGGCCGAGGCCUCCCCCGCGGUGGGGCCCCGCUCCCAGAAGCAGCUGGAGCUGAAGGUGGCGGAGCUGGUGCAGUUCCUGCUGAUUAAGGACCAGAAGAAGAUCCCGAUCAAGCGGACGGACAUCCUGAAGCACGUCGUCGGGGACUACAAGGACAUCUUCCCGGACCUUCUCAAACUGGCCGCCCAGCGCCUCGAGUACGUCUUCGGGUACAAGCUGGUGGAGCUGGAACCCAAGAGCAACUCCUACAUCCUCAUCAACACGCUGGAACCCGUGGAGGAGGAUGCCGAGGUGAGAGGCGACCAGGGCACGCCGACCACCGGCCUGCUGAUGAUUGUUCUGGGGCUCAUCUUCAUGAAGGGUAACACCAUCAAGGAGACCGAAGUGUGGGACUUCCUGCGUCGCCUGGGGGUGUACCCCACAAAGAAGCAUUUAAUUUUUGGGGACCCAAAGAAACUGAUUACCGAAGACUUUGUGCGGCAGCGUUACCUGGAGUACCGGCGGAUACCUCACACUGACCCCGUGGACUAUGAGUUCCAGUGGGGCCCGCGAACCAACCUGGAGACCAGCAAGAUGAAAGUUCUUAAGUUUGUGGCCAAAGUCCACAAUCAAGACCCCAAGGACUGGCCAGCGCAGUACUGUGAGGCUUUGGCAGAUGAGGAGGCCAGGGCCAGGCCUGAGACGGGUGGCCCAGCCCCGUCCUCUUGAAUCUGAGAGAUUCUCAGGGACUCCUGGGGGAAGGGCCAAGGGCACAGGGCUGGGGGCGGGGGAACAUAUUUCUGUAACGCUUAAAUGUGUGUAGCUUUAGGAUGUGUUUGCAAACUUCUGUUAAUAUAAAUUGGUUGCAAAUUUUCGUUUAUGAAAAUAGGGGAGGAUUUAUUUCGUUUUGAUUUUACUGUCUGUAUUUUUUGGUAUAAAAACUUUGCUAGCUUUGUAAAACUAAUUGGAAAACUUCGUAUCCUGAUCUGGAACAGAUAUUUAAGAAAGGCGCAUCAGUAAAUUGCUUUGGUGUCUAGAAUAUAAAAGCUAGGUGGCUAUUAUCUGGCCUCUUAAACUACCAGCUACCCCAGUUUGUAAAGAAUAAUGAAAGUCUUUAUAAGUUGAAAAAAAAAGUAGUUACCUAUAUUCUUUUUUACCUUGACACAGCGAUUUUAUUUAUGUGUUUUCUAUGUAUAUAAGCAUUAUGCAUCGUUCUAAGUAGUGUAUGGCAUUUUCUCCGAAUGACAGUGUUUUACAUUCAUAAUUACUACUCAGCUCUGUGGCUGACCAUUUAUUUCCAUUUAGUUUUUCCCUACUAUAGUUAUAAUAAAUAUAUCUUUGAAGCAAUUAAGCAUUGUGCAUUUUUUAAAUCGUGAGUCAUGAGAAAUUAGUUUGAUUCAAAACCAUCUUAAAAAAAAGAAUUUUUGCUACAUAUUAUUAAGGUAAAUAGUGUUUUGUAUUGGAUCAUGGUGUAAAAUAUAUUUCUUACUUUGUGUCAUAAAAAAGUUGAUAGAGUCUUUAAUGAUUAACCAUGCGACCGGGCCCCACAUAACUAGCUACAUGAAUUUAGGCAGGUUGCUUACUUGUCUACAGACGUCUCCUCACCUGUGAAAUGGGCUGAAAUGCCUGUAUUAUUCGUGGUAGUGUGAUUAUCAGAUACAGAAGUAUUUGUACAGUUCUUGGCACAGUGCCUGGUGUGGAGGAUUGUAGGUGUUAUUUUGUUCCUUAAAUUUUUUAAAUUUGUUUUUCAUUCUCCUUGAUCUAGAGUAGUUAAUUUUUUUAAGGUUUCUUUCAUUAUCUUGUUCUAAAUCAUUCCUACAAUGGGAAUUACUGGUUCAACAGUUAUGACAGUGUUCUCGUCUGACUCUGUUGUGUGGUGUUAUGGGAAAACAACUCAUGGUAUAAAAUGAGUAUAGCUCGCAUAGAACAUAAGAGCAGGGAAGUUAGAGUAACAUCUCCCCUGGGCUUUGGGAGGUCAUUGAAGUACGGUGAAUAGGAUAUGGUUUUUGAGGUUGUCUGACAAACUGAGUUAUGGCUCAUGCUAUGUCAGCAGAUUUGGGGUAGGUUUUAGGCUCUCUGAAUCUCAAUUUCUUCAUCUGUAAAAUGGGAGAAAUAACACCUAUAUCGUAGUUUGUUAUAUGGAUUAAAUGAGCCCAAAGUAAAGAGCUCAUUGUCUUCUCUCAUUGUAUUCCGCCAUAGCCUCUGGCAAAAUUUUGUUUAUGUGCGGAGAUUCAGUGGGUGAAUAAGUGUAAUUGUUUUGGGAGCAGGUACUGCAAAUUAACCAUGAAAUGAGGUAAAUACUUUAGCUCAAAAUAAAAGUGUGGACUUGAUCAACA